AUGAGUAUACGAAAAAUGCAAGAAAAAUUUAUGUUGGCACUCGGGCAACACAAUAUACCAGGACUUCGAUGGGUUUUGGAGGGAUUCAAUUUUUAUGAUAUUCAACGAGUGAAAGAAGUUGGAGCAGAUCGAGCAGCUGCUGAAUGGGUUGUUCGUUGUGGUGGUCAAAUUAAAUUCAAACAAAUUGAAGAAAAUUUUGCCGAUUAUAAUGUUUUAAUCAAAAGAACUGCACAAUUGGAUCCAAGAAUUUCAGCUGAUAAUGUAACAAUUGAAACAAUUUAUGCUGAAAAUGCAAGUAUCACUGGUUUCGGCUGUCAACAUUUCAGUGAGUUCAACAUUUUGAUCUUUCAGAAAAUUUAGAAAGUUAUUUACAGAAAACUUAGCAGAAAUAAAAAAUGUUCAUUUCAUUCGUUGCAAAAACUUUCACGAUUUUGGAAUCGAAUAUAUCGGAAAAUAUGCCGGCGACAAAUUGAAAGUUUUGGAAAUUAAUGAGUGUCCAAGAAUCACGGAAUUUGGAUUGGAACAUCUUUUGAAGUUUGAGAAACUAGAUAGACUCAUUCUCAAAAAUUUGAAGUCGGUUCAUGGAAAAGAAAAAAUAGCUCAAAAGCUGAAAGAUGCACUCAAGAAUACAGAGAUAAUAUUUUAA